GCACUGGCACCGCACUAGCAACCUCCCGGCCCGUCAUGUCGCCAAUCACGCAGUCGGCUGGAACGGGCUUGGGCAUUGUGGGCGAUGGAAAGGGCUGGUCGGGCGGCAGUACGCGGCCAGAUGGUGAGGCCAAUCAGCCACAGAGCAUCAAGGAGAAACGUCCCAAGGUCUUUUUGGAGAUCGAGCUCCACAAGCGAAAACUUGGUCGCGUGGUGCUGGAACUCUUCGGCGACGUCGUGCCCAAGACCGUCGAGAACUUUCGCUGUCUAUGCACAGGAGAGCGAGGGAUCAGCGCUGUCUCGGGCAAGCCUCUUUGCUUCAAAGGAAGCAGGUUUCACAAGAUCAUCCCAGGCAAAACCAUCCAAGGUGGUGACAUUACCAAAGGCGAUGGUUCUGGGGGCGACUCCAUUUACAAUCAGGACGGAGAUGGGACGUUCGCUUCCGAGAACUUCAAGCUGAAGCAUGACCGCCCCGGACUGGUGUCCAUGGCACACAAGCGAGGCGAAGAAGGGAAAAACUGUUCCCAGUUCUUCUUCACCUCCAAGGC